GUUAGUUGUUUCACGCUGCUUCGUCCACAUGCGGUUUCUUUCUCAUGAUAUUUAAUUCUGGAGGAGUUUUUGUAAAGAAACGCCGAGGCGGGAGAACAGGAGGAAUCCUGCUGCGAGUUUAAGACAGUUUGCUGAGAAGAUGCUAAGUGAUGCGGAGGCUGCAGAGCUGCUGGCCUUCCUGACGCCCAGCACCCGGCCGGAUGUGAAGGGGAAGGCCACAGAGUACAUCCUGGGGCUGUCUGGAAGCAGAGAUGGCUGCCGAUUCCUGCGCUCUAAACCCGACCUCUUAGCUCGUCUGUUUGCGCUGACCUCCGACCCCUCUGUUGCCAUAGCGAAGGACUGUUACCACAUCUUUAUCAACCUGUCAGCUGAUGAGACUCUGCACCAGGUUCUGGUCUGUGAGGUCCAGGUUCUUCCGGUUCUGUUGAAGAACCUCCAGGAUCCAGAGUUUUUGUUCUCUGAUCAGAUCUGCACCAUCCUGUCCAACCUGAGCCGCCAUGAUAAGACCUGCAGGACCGUCUUCCAGGUCCUGGAGGAGGAGCUCGGUCUGGCCCAGCUGGUGGAAAUCUUCUGCAAUGAAAGCUUCAACAAAAAGGCCAAGCUGCACUACCUGGGCCCCCUGCUGUCCAACCUGACCCAGCUUCCCGAGGCCAGGAGCCUCUUGAUGGACCGGGACAGGUGUGUGAUCCAGCGUUUGCUGCCAUUCACUCAGUACGAGGCGUCGGAGGUGAGGAGGGGAGGCGUCAUCGGCACGCUGAGGAACUGCUGCUUCGACCAUGCUCAUCAUGCGUGGCUGCUGAGCGACGCAGUGGACGUGCUGCCGUUCCUGCUUCUGCCUCUGGCCGGCCCGGAGGAGCUCACUGAGGAGGAGAACGAAGGUCUGCCUGUGGACCUGCAGUAUCUGCCGGAGGACAAGCAGCGAGAAGCGGACCCCGACAUCAGGAAGAUGCUGCUGGAAACCCUGCUACUGCUGACGGCGACUAAAACCGGCCGCCUGGCACUCCGACAGAAGAAUGUUUAUCCCAUUGUGAGGGAGCUCCACCGCUGGGAGAAAGACGUUCAUGUUGGCGCCGCCUGCGAGAAACUGGUCCAGGUGCUGAUCGGAGACGAGCCACAGCACGGCAUGGAGAACCUGAUGGAGGUGGACAUCCCACAGGACGUGGAGAACAAGCUGAGGGAGGCGGAUGCCAAGGAGCAGCAGGAGCUGCAGGAGGAGGAGGAGAGGAGGAGGAGAGAGGAAGAGAAGCAGGAGAAGUGAAACAAAGAACUGAUCCGGUCUUCAUCUCCUCCUGUUUCCGUCAUCAGCAGCUCUUCACUGAACUCUGGCUGCUGGUCCUGAUUCCAGUCCAGCUACUGACGUCUCUGUGUCCAUGUAGAGACGGAGGGACAAACUGACCUUUGACAUUCAGACAAAUAUAAUCCUCAUUAUUUUCCACAUUCUGAAGGCGGCUGCAGUGUGCAGCAGCUCUGGGGUCAUCUGGGGUCAGCUGGCAGGUCGCUGUGAGGAGGAGAGACUCGACCUUCUCUGUUCGUCUGAACAGCUUUGAGACACCAUCAGAAUGAUCGAUCUAGGACCGGUCACAGGGUUACAGAUCUCAGUUAUAAUUUUUUUUUUCCGCACAGCAUCAUUAUGAAGUUAUUUUUCAAGAUUUGAUUUGAAAAGGUUUUGUUUGGUUUCUGUUUAUUCAAUUUUAUUUUAAAGAAGCUAUAAAUCCAAAUAGGCUGCACAGUGCCGCAGUGGGUAGCGCUGUUGCCUUGCAGCAAGAAGGUCCUGGGUUCGAUUCCCGGCCCGGGGUCUUUCUGCAUGAAGUUUGCAUGUUCUCCCUGUGUGUGCGUGGGUUCUGUCCGGGUUCUCCGGCUUCCUCCCACAGUCCAAAAACAUGACUGUCAGGUUAAUUGGGCUUUCCAGAUUCUCCCUAGGUGUGAGUGUGUGUGUGCAUGGUUGUUUAUCCUGUUUGUCUCUCUGUGUUGCCCUGCGACAGACUGGCGACCUGUCUAGGGUGAACCCCGCCUCUCGCCCGGAACACAGCUGGAGAUAGGCACCAGCACCUCCCGACCCCGUUAGGGAGAAAGGUGCUCAGAAAAUGGAUGGAUGGAUAAAUCCAAAUAAGAUGAAGAUAAGAUAAAUCAGGAAGAUAAAGAUAUUUUUUCCACGAGUUUAGAAUGAAGUUAUCAACUUUAGGGAACUGAAUAUAUCAUAAAAAUUAUGAAAAACAUUUUGAAAAUCUAAACAUUAUAUGUAUGAUAUAUUUUAUCUAAACGUUCAGACAGUUUGUAGCUUUUGGGUCAUAUUUCAAUUCCUUUCAAUUGUGGUUCGUUUGGUUCUGCUGCCAGCUGCGUUUCACACCCAGACCGACCAGAAGAGGGCGCCACGCAUUUCUCUCCAACUCAUCUCCCAUCGUGCGGAAAUUCAUCUCUUAAGUUGAAAACAAACAGAAAAAUGUUUUUACUUGGAAACUGACGCAAAGGAUUUAAAUUGAACCGCAUCGCAGUUCGGAUCCGAAUCUUUUUCUAAGUCCUCCACAACAGCACACACACAUUUUCUUUUAGGUUUUUUAAAGCAGAUUUUUUUUUGUCAAUUUUCAUAUUUAAGUUUUUUAAUUAAGCAAAGCAUUUUAACGUUCAGAUGACAAGAGUUCACUGUUGCAGUUCUCCCAGCUCAAUAAACCAAAGUAGAAGCCAGUUUGUCCAGUUUUAGAGAAAGUUGAGGCUCUUGGACGGUAAAUAAACUAAAGUGAAGAAGUGAAAGCUGAAUGAGUUCAGUAAUAAAUCAGAUGGAGCAGUUUGGUUUUUUCUCUGAGGGGAGUCUUGAAGGAAGUGACAGGAGCUCCUUAAAUAGCUUAGGGUCAAAAUAAUCUAAUUAGUUUUUGAAUUGAAGAUUAUUUCCCCACAUUGUCUCUAAUCCUCAGCAGUGAAAUUUCAAUUGGGAGUGGGUGGGAUCUCGGUGGCGGGGCUGUGUGAGCCAGCCAAUCAGAGGCCUCCUUUCUGCUGCGUGCCUUACGUGCCAGACGUGUCUUCCUGGCCUUCCGGGAGCAUCAGGACCCCCUGCAGUAAAAAGAUUGGCGGUUCUGGUUCUGGGUUUGGGGAUUUCCUGGACAACAUCUUGAUACUAGAAAUCCUUCAACGUUGAAGGUAGUAAAGCAACAUGUCCUCUGAUUGUUGGUCCUUACUUUAUACUCUGCCACUGCUCUGAGCAACAAAACAAAGGUCAAAGAUCAAACUCAAGCUUGGAUUUGAACACAAAGAAUAACUUCAGAUGUCAAGAAAAGUAAAAUGACUAUUGUUUAGAGUUUGUUAAGAUAAUACAUUUAUUUAUGAACAGCACCGGAAAUAAAACUCUGCUUUUCUACUUCUUUAUACAACAAUAGUUUCAUCAUCUGGACAUAGUUUGAGCUGAAUACUAACGUUUUUAACAGCCUUCAGCCAGCAGGAGGAGCUGUUUCCUUCAGCAGCUAAAAGAAGUCACAUUCACAUGCCAGGAUGUAUUUAGCAAAUAGAUAAAAUAACAGCCAACCAAUCAGCUCACAGGGUUCUUACUGUUACGUGAUGCGACUCAGAGAUGGACUGUGCCUCGUCCUGUCAUACUGACAUGAAUCUGAGUCAAUGAUUCAAUCCAUUUCCAACAUGUUUGUGCUGGUUUGACUUCUGCUUUACUUACAGAAAUAAAGACUGUAACAUCUGAAUCAAUAGACAGAGCAGUGAAGAUGUGUUUUAUGACUAGCUGUGGUGUCCUGGGAAGCUUUAGUCUAGGUAUGACUUACUGGGAACCCUUUAAGCCAAUUGCGGUGUUCUGGGCUGCUUUAGGUUAGCUGUGGAGACUAGGGAAACCUUAAUGCUAAUUAUUGUGUUCUGAGAAGCUUCAGGGUACUCAGGGAGUCCUGGUGAGUGUUAGGCUACCCCCUUUGACCUGUGAAGCUGUGGGAUAGUUGUGGUGUCCUGUAAACUUUAGACUAACCUCUGUGCCCUGGUGAGCUUUAGGCUAACUGCUGUGUCCUGGUGAGCUUUAGGCUAACUGGUAGGUUUUGGUGAGCUUUAGGAUAGCUCCGGUGUCGUGGGAAGUGCCUGAAUUAAUGAGACAGAACUGUGAAAACUUGCUUUCGGAUGUGGUGUCCUGCGACGUGCCUGGAGGCCUGUUCUGGGCCUGAUCUGGCCUGAAGAGGAUUGUCAGCUCCGUGAAACUUUCAGCAGCCUGCUGAAGAGCAGCUUUGAGCUCAUGCUACCAGAAUAACAACAGAGCCCCUCCUCCACUAGCUGCUCCAUGGGAGUGCCUACCUCUCUGAGGUCCUGUUUACAGAGACCAGAGGGUGUCAGGAGGUCUGAUUCAGAGCCCACAACUCCACAGGAACAGUUAGUGAUAUUACUGACACCAGUGGAGUCAAACUAAAUGUGUUCAGUCAUAUGUCGCAUGCUAACAGCUGCUAUUUAAACCAGACUCUUUGUGUUUUGGUUGACACUUGGUUUUACAUUUAGAUUAUUCUGGGUUGUUUUGUUCUAAUCCUUGUGUUGGUGCAGUAGCAAAAAACCACCAUGGGUGGCCCUUAUUCUGUAAGGUGACAUCAUCGAGCUCAACAAAAAUGGACAACAACAAACUGGAAAAACUGAUCCCAUGGUGGAAACAACAUUAAAGCAUCGUCCCAUCCUCA